AUGUCGAUUGUACAGGAAAAUGCCUGCUACGUAAACAUACAACUCGACCGCCUUCAACAGCAGAUUCCUCCUUCCGAUAAACUCUUGCAUACAGAUGAUAUUCACGGCUUCCAUCUUCGUCGUCUCCAAAAUGUCAUCUCUUCGAUUUCAGUCACCUCGAAGACUCAGCCUCUGCUCCCGGCGACUCGACUAGCGGAUUUGUUAUCCGACCCGGCCUUCUCGAGCACUCUCUCCAUCGCCUCGGAAGCCGUCCGCACUGAGGAGCAUGUGCCCGAUCACCUUUGGCUGAUUGCCGGAAAAGCCGCCGUGCAAACCUCCGGACUAGUGAUGCAGGCUCUAUUGGAGCAAACAAUUCAGAUUCAUGAAGAGAUCCACUAUUGGAAUGAGGUCCUAGGGUCUCUUUGGCAGAGUGGUUUCUAUGCCGCGCAAACAUCCCCAGUUCGCCUAUGGCAUUGGAGUAGGGAUAUAUAUACCGCUCCAGGCAUGCGGGAUUUCUCGGCUUCCUCUCUUUCGCGAUCGGUCGCAGCCAGGUGGGCUCACUUCUACCAGCUUGCUCGCCAGAGUGUGUCGGCGUAUCCGGCCUGGUCAAAUUUUUCAGACCCAAUUCGAUCGUGCCGGGCAGAAGCUCGACAAAAAAGAGACAGAUUGCUAGCAAUCAAAGAUAUCCACACAAGCAGCCUUGGACUUAUCAUGGAAGAUUGGCAUUCCUUCCCUACAGACUCGGCCACGGUAGCCGAAGCUGAAUCUAACCUGCCCAAGGGUCAAUGGCAGGGCUCCGUCUCCCGGACAGUAGCCUUGACAGAAGCCAUUUUGCACCAUGCUGUCUCCCCAUCAACAGCUCCCGACUUUGAACAAAACGUCUUCGCGGCCAUCGAAAACAGUACAAUUCGUCUACAAGCACAAGAUCACGAUUCGUCCACAACUGAGAAUCCUCUCCAGUUGAUCCAGCGCCUCAUUCACGUCCUCCGCACUCAGCUUCCCAGCCACACGACAUCUGUCUCUACAAAAAUCAAGCGUAAUGGACGCCCGCGCGCAAUCAUCCGGUACUGGCUCCCACUAUCCAUUGUGCUGUUCUCGGGCAGCGCUUCUCUCAACUUCAUACUCCACCGCAAGGACGACAUUCUUCAAUGGAUCAUGGACUUCGGCAGCACAGUCAUCGACUUUGCGCAAAAUUGGGUCGUAGCCCCGGUCCAUAAACUUAUUGGCACGAUCAGACACGACGAAAAGAGUGAGAUUGCUAUCAUGAGCAAGAACAGUCUGGUCGCCGAUCGAGAUAGCCUGGAACGUAUGGUCCUUGACUUUGUCCGUGAUCGUCCCGAGUCAUCGCAGGCUAUGACUCCAGAAGACGCCACACUCAUUACAAACGCAGUCAAAGAAGGUGAUUUGACACCGGUGCUGAGAGCGUAUGAGCGAGACUUGCGAUCGCCGUUCAAAGGGACCGUUCGCGGGGAUUUGGUCCGUGCCCUUUUGAUUCAGAUCCAGAAGACUAAGGUCGAUGUCGAAGUUGCUAUCAGUGGAAUAAAUGCCCUCUUGAAGAGCCAAGAGCUUGUAUUUGGCUUUGUUGGACUUACCCCAGGGAUCUUGGUCACAUAUUCGAGUCUACGCUGGCUCCUUGGAGUUUUCGGGAACCGAAAAGGCCUGGCUAAAGGAAAGCGACAGGUGGAACUCAAACGUAGUCUAAGAAAUUCUACGAGGAUCCUACUGGAUGCGUCGGUAUCAAACGGAGUGAUUUCUUUCAAAGACUCUGGACGACUUAUCUGUGAAGCCGAGAGUCUACUUCAGAAAGUGAAGCCGAUGCUUGGGGCUAUGCAAUAUCGUGAAUUUCGAGAGGAUAUUCAGGACUUAUUGGACGUUCGAAGUGGGGUGGAAAAACAACUUCGAGUGGUGGAGAGGAUGCGAUGGACAUAUUGUAUCUGA